AUGGACUUCUGGGUCGUCUUGUUUUUCCGAGUCUGGUUCUUGAUCCUGCUCAUGUUCCUCGCGGGGGACGCACGGAACAAGCUCAAGCCUGCUGGCGUAACUCUCUUCCUCCUGUUCGUUUUUGCAGUGUGGGAAGCGGGGACACACAUGCUGGAAGCAGUGUCCUUCUUGCGCCUCCGCCCGCCUCCGCCGGAGUCGGGUCGUUGGCGGAUGCUCGCGGCCAUUGGGUUCUACAUAUCACAGUCCUCUUGGACUUUUCAUGAGUUUGCCAUGUCCUUCUACACGUUAUCACUGAUCAUCAUCGGCCUGCUGUAUCAUUUUCGCCGGCUCAUGGAUGGAGCGCUCCUGUCUGCCACGCCUGACACGUGGCUUUACUUGCAUCCGAUGUGGACAGCGAUCCUUAUUGGAUUCAAGGCGAAUCAGCUGGUCAUACAGCUGCUUGCCGUCCGAUCCUUCGGUCAGUAUGUAGUUCCUGCCUACCGAUCCAUCUUCGAUCGGUCGUCGCUGAUGUUCAUGGCCUUUGUCGGCCUGAACUACAUCUCCUCUGUGCUUGCGUACUAUGCCAUUCCUGUGCAGCAGUUUCGGGGCCAUGACCCGGACCUGAAGGGCAACGUGUACAUUGAGAACAUCUUCAUGACGUUCGCACGCAUGUUCCAGCUGGACUUCGGUGGCGAGGCGGACCUUGAGCAACUCGAAGGCGAUCGGAAGAGGGUGGUCCUCGAUUCCGAGAUGGCCUCCGAGAGACACGCAUCCGUGGGCGCCGUGUCGCUCGGGGAACAACCUCCCUGGCACUACGGCGUUUAUACGAUGUAUGCGGUCUGGUCGAUCUGGAUAACACUGAUUCUGCUGAAUGUCUUUAUCGGCCUCCUAGGCACACUGUAUUCCGAGAAGAACCUGAAGCGGCGAGAACUCUUCGAGGAUUUUCGGGCCGUGUACACCUUCAAGCUGCUUCUCCGGCGGCAUGCGCUGGAGGUGCUGGGAUGGAAAGUGCCCGGCGUCCACGUCGAGGUCGCCCCAGCAGAGGAGUGUGAGCGACCCGAGUCCAGGGCGACUUGGAUAGCCUACGACCCUCGCAUCUUUGAGGAGGAGGAGCACGACGACUCGGAGCUGGGAAAGCUACGGCGAGAAAUUCUGGGCCUGAGGAACAAGGUCGACACUCUUGCUCGGCACCUGACAUCGAAAGAUAUUUCAAGCUUUGCAGGGCGGUUUCAGCGAGACGUGAGCAUGCCAUAA